GAAAGGAGAGAAGAAGAGGAAGAAGAAGAAGAAGAAGAAGAAGAAGAAGAAGAAGAAGAAGAAGAAGAAGAAGAGAAAAAGCAGAGAAAACUCACUGUGAGUGAGAGAGGAGGAAGAAGAAGUGUAACAGGUUUUGCUGCUGUGCUGGAUCAUCAUGUCUCUGAAUGGGAAGGUGGCUCUGGUGACCGGGGGGGCUCAGGGCAUUGGGAGGGCUGUGGUCCAGUUGCUACUACAUACCUCAGCAAAGGUGGCCAUGGUCGACCUGAACAAGACCUGUGGUGAGGAAUGCAAAGCACAGUUGGAUGUCGAGUUUGGAGAGGGCAACUGCACCUUUAUUUCAUGUGAUGUGUCCAAUGGAGACGCACUGAGAGAUGCAUUCCAGAGAACAGUGGACAAGUUUGGUCGUCUGGACAUCGUUAUCAACAACGCUGGCAUCAACAAUGAAAAGAAUUGGGAGAAGACCAUACAAGUCAACCUGACCUCUGUAAUUAAAGGGACCUACUUGGCACUAGAACACAUGAGUAAAGAGUACGGCAAGGAAGGAGGCACCAUUAUCAAUGUAUCCUCGAUGGCAGCCUUCUUACAUUCUCCUCAUCAGCCUGUCUACACUGCAACUAAACAUGGAGUCAUUGGCUUCACGAGAGCUAUAGCGGACGCAUCCUCUCAGGGCGACUACGGCGUCCGCAUCAACGUCCUGUGCCCGGCCUUCGUCGACACCCCUCUGCUACACUCAGUGGAACACGAGGACAACAUGGGAAAGUUUGUCAAGUUCAAGGACGACUUCAGACGCAGCAUGACAAAGUUUGGAGUUUUACAGCCGUCGCUGAUAGCGGAGGGUAUGAUGAGAUUAAUCGUGGACACCACUCUGAAUGGAGCUGUGAUGAAAAUCACCUGCUCCAAGGGAAUCCACUUCCACACCUAUGAACCCAUGUCGGCUUGAGCCUUGACAUACUGGAUUUUGCUGUGGAGAACAAUGCAGCACUUAAACCUGUGUGACUGCAGCAGAAACUGGUUCACAACGCUGCAUUUCAUAUCGGAACAUAGUCAGAGCAUUGUCCAGAUGGAACAAACUGACCUAUACAAUGCCUCAUCAUUUAUUUACACCUGUCUCAAAUGAAUGCAACCCAACUAAUAAUUACACACACUGCCUGAUUUUAACAAUUAUCUUAAUAAUAUGAUAAUGAUAGUGCUGGGCGAUAUGACCAAAAAUGGAUAACACGGUAUUUUUCAAAAUUCUAACAGUUUCACGGUAUAUGACGGUAUUUUUCUGUCAUGUAUUAUCGGGUGUUCACAACAUUUUCUACUGGCUGAGAGAGGAAUUACUUGCCCCUUCUAGAUAGAAAAGGCUGCACUCUGCCGCCCUGUCUAUUUAAAGGGGAGGUUUAAUAUUCCUUCUUUCCCAAAAAGCCUCCACUGGGGUAGGCAUAAACAUGUG